CCCACCACAAGCCUACAGUCUAGAAACUGUUCAUGGACUUGCAUCGCGCCCACUUGACCAAGGAUUACACAACGCGUGGCCUUCUGGGGAAGGCGACAGAUGACUUUUCUGACCUGGGUAGGCUGGUGGAGAAGACAAUCUAUGAUCACGUGACCCAGGAGAAGCUGGACCGCAUCUCGGCAGUCAUCCAGGGCUCUCAUCAGAAAGCGGUGGUGAUGCGCUCCAGACUGGAUCUGAAGACCCAAGGGGCCUACGAGUUGGCCGUGAAGGGAUUGAUCCGGCCCAUGGAAAAGACGCCGAUGCCCAUCCUGGGGAUCCGAUGUCUCGAGUUUUCACUUCCUAAGAUCCAGUGCAUGAAUGAGACCCAACAGCGGCUCCGCCGGGUGGUUCAUGAGAUCGGGCUGGAGCUGAAGUCGACGGCCGUGUGCACCCAGGUGCGCCGCACCCGAGACGGGGCCUUCAACGUGGACGAUGCUCUCCCGAGGACGCGGUGGGACCAGCGCAGCGUCCAGGAGACCAUCCGGGAGGUCAAGCCCCAUGUGGAGGAGGAGCUGCUGAAGACCUGGGAGGUGGUCCUGGACUCAGAGACCUCGGAGGGACGCCCAGCCUCCCCAGGCCUGGGGCUAGAGUCCACGUCAGGCCGGCCUCCCGGUGUCGGUCGCGGAUGCGGGACGGCGCCCGGGCCGGGAGAAGGUCCCCGGGGCCCCGAAGCGGACUGUGGGAGCCCCACUGCUGCGACCGCUCCUUUCUAG